AUGCUUAUUCCCAAGGCUGAUCGCAAGGCGAUCCACGAGUACCUCUUCCGGGAGGGUGUUAUGGUCGCCGCGAAGGACUAUGAGUCGAUGCAUGAGAUUGGCGUCCGCAACCUCUACGUCAUCAAGGCUCUCCAGUCCCUCCAGUCCCGCGGCUAUGUCAAGACUCAGUUCUCCUGGCAAUAUUACUACUACACCCUGACCCCAGCUGGUCUCGACUACCUCCGGGAGUGGCUUCAUCUGCCCGCUGAGAUCGUUCCUGCUACCCACAUCAAGCAGCAGCGGUCUCACAUCCCACCCCGCGGCAUGCUGGGCGAGAGCGAGCGGAGGUUCGGUGGCCGUGGCCGCGGCGACCGCGGUGACCGCGAGGGUGGCUACCGGCGCCGUGAGGCUGGUGAGGGCAAGGAGGGUGCCCCGAGCAACUUUGCUCCUCAGUUCCGCGGUGGUUUCGGUCGGGGCCGUGGUGAUGCUCCUUCUUCCUAA